GCUGGCCCAGCAACCAAAUAUGACACCUCAUCACCAAUUCCCUUCAGGCAAUCAGAAUGAGUCUCACGGCUCCCUCAGAGACUACACCGCUCUCCCAAUUGUUCUCCCUCGAGGGCAAGGUAUGUCUGGUUACAGGAGGUAACAGGUAUGAUCCCUGGCUUCCCCCCCCCCUCGUUCCUCGCUUCAUCCCACUCACUCCCUUACCCCCCCCCCGUCAUCCUAUGCAUGAAGUGGUAUUCCCAAUCUCGAACACAAGGGUAACUGUACUAUGCACUUGUCGAGCUGGGUAGAGGAAUCGGGCUUGCUGUGUGCCAGGGCUACGCAGAAGCCGGAGCGGGAGGGGUUGCAAUCAUACACUCUUCCGAAGCUACUGCCGCGCUGGCAAGCGAGCGUGCAACAGAAAUUCAACAGAAACAUCCGAAAACAACCGUCAGAAUCUAUCGCGCGAACGUAGCUAUCUCAAAAGAGAUCGAAGAUGUCACGAAACAGGCUCUCUUAGAUUUCGGUCGAUUGGACGUGGUAGUGGCGAAUGCAGGGGUUUACACGGAAACUCCGGCGUUGGAUAUGUCCCCAGAGGAGGCCCAAUAUGUUACAGGGGUUAACUAUUUUGGCCCACUCUACACUGCCCAGGCCGCUGCGAGGUGAGUUGAAAUAAUUUCACUCAUGGAAGGAGGAAGCCUUUGAGAGAAAGAUAAAAUCAAAAAUGGCGCCUAUGCCAGAGCCAUAGGAUAUAUCCCCCUUGAAUGUGCGCAACUCGGUCUAUUUGCUAAACGAACAUCCAUUGCAGGAUCUUUAAGGAGAACGGCGGAGGGAAGAUAAUAAUGACAGCAUCCAUAAAGUAAUAUUCCAAAUCCGAACAAUUGCCUGCACUCAUUAGAGAUUAUGGCUAAUCACAUGAUAGUGGACAUAUGAUUCUUCGACCCCAGUAUGAAUCAAUUGUAUUUCCCACCCCUCGGAAUUGGAAUGAUUUUGGUUGACAGGCCGGCCCAUCGGGAAAUAGUACUGUGCCACCAAAGCGGCUGUAUGCCAUCUGACUCGAGCACUCGCCGUAGAGUUCGCCCGGUGGAAUAUCCAAGUCAACGCAGUUAGCCCUGGUUACAUCGAUACGGAAAUGUGGGUGGCCCAGGUCAAUUCCGUUUUCGUUUAAACGGUUGUUUACCCUAUUGGAUAUUUCUAACCUACGGCCACACGGCACAGGACAACUGAGCUUGUGAAAAAGAACCCCGAACUCAUAAAGGCCUGGAUGGCAGAUUGCCCGGCAGGGAGGCUAUGUAAGGUGUGGGAACUCAAAGGUGUAUAUGUCUUUCUGGCCAGUGGAGCUAGUUCAUAUGUGACAGGAGCGGAUUAUGUCGUUGAUGGUUAGUUUGGCCCUGACCGGAUUUUUCUCUAUUCGGUUUCACUUACCAGGCCUUAGGGGGGCACACCUGCCAUUGAUGGUGAACCAGCUGGUCAUCUACACCGCUUAGGACCGUGUGAAUUGUUGUGCAAUACUAGGGGGAGGUAUUAUUGGGUUUUGGCGCGGCAACUUCGUUGCAGCGAGUGACGGAAUAUGACUUCUACUUUUGAAGAGAAUGCGUGGGGGGAAAUGGUGUUCUGGACAAUAAAAGAAAAAAUGAGGGCUUUGCGAAACUCGCGGCGUCUGCGUGCUUUCCUGGCUAUCCCCGUGCACGGUUCUCGGAAGUGGGGCAGUGUGUUUCCAGCCUCACCGGUCUUGUUCGGUAAAACUGCGACUUGCAUGAUCAUCCGGACUAUGCGCGGUUGCCCGGUGUGGGGAUUAAGGCAAGAACUCGUACUACCAGUAUUCGUAGAACUGUGGUAUUUUACAAGUACAAUGCUGCGAUAUCCGUC